GUGACGAGUGCAGAUGGGUCCACCAGGGCCGUAGCAGGCAUCUACUUGUUCAAGGCUGACCGCUGCCAGAAAUGCCUCUUCUAUGCCCCGGCGGUGCUGUUGGAUGCUGUCUUUGAGGGUGCAGAAAUGCCUCGCAAGCUCGCCGGGCGCAUGGUGGUGGAGCUCGCCUACCAGCAUACAGACAUUGACAAGAAAGGAAAGGCUACAGACCAGACUGUCGUCAGCCGGGCAGUGGUCACCGCUCUGCAUCUCCAGCUGGUUCAACCGUCUCACUUGCCGCUGGGCACCAAGCUCUUGCAGUGGGAUCCUCUGCUGGAGGCU